GCCGUUAUUUUUUUUACGUUGGUCGGUUUCGGCCCUCACUCCCCUGUGGCUACGAGACAAGGAUCCGGUGGCGACUACGCAGAGACUUGCCAUCGAAGAACUGGCUUUUCUCUGGCAAAAAAAGCCACGUUGGGAAGUCGCCAGAGCCCGUAUCUGUUAGAUCUACUGGAAGAGGGAGGAGUUCAGCUGGACAGGGAACCGAAAGAACUAUGGUACUGCUAGCCAUAGAAAACUAAGAGCCACAACUUCAUUCGAAAGACUGGCCUUGCUGAGCUCAGCGGUAUUCCAUAAGAUGUCGUGGAGGGUCUCCCGCCAUUCCAGGACUACCCCUGAUAGAGGCCUGCUACGACUUUUUAUUGUACUGGUGGUGGAGCUGGACGCCACGAGUUGCAAUCUGCUGUAUGCUCAGUGCCUGGUGAAAAGGCUACGUGACUUGGACCAUCACAUCGCGCUAUUUGGUUACAGCAACGACAAACCGCACCUGCUUCUAGAGGAGCCUUCAUAUGAAUCUCAAGGUAUCUUAUCCAGUCCUCCCCAGUCCCCAAUCGUGGUUCUCCAAGCGCGAUUGAGGCGAGCCGACGCAGUCCUGGUGAUCACUCCAAACACUGUUCAUGAAUUAUCCUUUCCACUCUCCCAGUUCGAGCAGGGCGAUCGCUUCUUUAACGGACAUACGUAUAGUUGGCAUAGCAACGGGGUCACUUGUGUUUUGCUUGGCGGAUGGAUCAAUCGAAGAGAGGUGGCUAUAGAGCUUCGGGCUAUUUUUGCUAGUUCGGAUUUUCCGAGUCUGUCCCGAGUGCUUCCCGGACCGAAGUAUCUUGACAAGGUGUAUACUGUAGACGGAAAUGCUGAGACUCCGGGUCCUUGUAUUUAGACUCUGUUGGCCUGUUGAAUCAUACGUGGACUUAUAUUUCUUUCAUGGAUGGACAUUAAAGCUGAUUAAAGCAGCUCUAUAAAAUGAA